UUCUCGAAGAUUACAAAAUAAAACAGUUUAUAUCAGGUUGUUAGAAUAGACGUAUGUCCAUUCUUUUUAAAAGAUGUUGCUAAUUAUGUUAAUAUUGGGUUUAAUAGGAAUGUCAGCUUGUACAGAUACCGUCAUCAAUAGCUUGUAUAAGAAAAUAUUCGAAAAUUAUAAUCCUGAUGUCAGACCAAUAAUAAACGCAUCAGCAGCUCAACAACGAAUAACACUCCAGAUUACAUUAUCAAGAUACCCUUUGUUUUACGUACUGACCAUCAUUUUACCAAUCUGUCUUUUAGUGGUUUUGAAUCCUGUUGUUUUCCUGGUUCCGGCUGAAUCCGGAGAAAAGAUUUCUCUGCCAGUUUCGAUUCUCUUGGCCUAUUCUGUCAUACUUUCUGCUCUAUCAGAAUUGUUACCGGAAGUUUCAGAAAAUAUUAGUAUUUUAGGCGUCUAUUUGACAUAG